CUUUUUCUUCCAUUAAUUAAUUAAACCACACUCUGCAAAGUGCAAACCCUUCUGCUAAUCGAAGCAACAGAAAGUGCAAUUAAUCGGUCACAUUGACAUAUAUAAACCUCAAUUUGGAGGUUCCGAUCGUCAUUUCCAUGGAAACGCUGCGCAGAUCCUUCAAAGCUCCGCAAUCGUCUCACCAGAGCGAAGAAGAGUACCAGAUUUUGCUAACUCCGGCCAUGGCGGCGCCGCCUUCGUCCUCCGUCGCCAUCGCGUCCGCUUCCCCCGAUCGAGACGCCGGCGGUGGCGGUGGAGGAAGCAGUAGCACCGCCGCGGCGAACAAUGUGUGGAGAGACUCCAGCUACGAUUUCUCAAACGACGCCGUUAUGAGAGCCGCCGCUAACUCCAAGGAAUUCGACAUCGAAGCGUCGGAAUCGCCGUUAUCUCGUCAAUCGCCGUUAUCUAGGGUUUUGGAGAGUCCGAGAGACGUUCGCGUCUCGUUCCACGAGAGUGUCGAGACGGCGACGAACCGCCGGUCGUCGUCCAAUGCCGAGCAGGAGGAGGUCGUGGUUUGCAGCUCGAACAAUUCCUUCCGCCGGAAAUCCAGUCUGAUGCGCACCAAAACCAAGUCGAGGCUACUCGACCCGCCGGAGGAUAAUGACCGGAAAUCUCAGCCCCAAACGCAGAAAUUCCCCAAAUCUCAGCUCCUAGGGAAAGGCGCCAGCGAAAUCGACGACGACGAUCCAUUUCUUGAAGACGAUUUACCGGAGGAGUACAAGCGAUUGAAGUUCAGCGCUCUGUCAAUCAUCCAACUACUGAGCUUGAUUCUGAUUAUCGCCGCCUUAAUCUGCAGUCUUACCAUCAACGCACUGAGAAAGCGGACGCUCUUCAGCAUGGAGCUCUGGAAAUGGGAAUUAAUGGUGCUGGUACUCAUCUCCGGCAGAUUGGUUUCCGGUUGGGGAAUUAGGGUUGUAGUUUUCCUAAUCGAGCGCAACUUUCUUCUUCGUAAACGAGUUCUAUACUUCGUGUACGGAUUAAGGAACGCAGUACAGAAUUGCGUAUGGCUGGCAUUAGUUCUAAUCGCUUGGCAGAGCAUCUUCGACGAGAGAGUCGAGAAGGCGACGAACAACCGGAAUAUUCUGCCAUAUGUGACCAAAAUUUGGGUGUGCUUAUUGGUGGGAACAUUGAUAUGGCUGGUGAAGACAUUGCUGGUUAAGGUUUUAGCCUCGUCGUUUCACGUGAGCACCUUCUUCGACAGGAUUCAGGAAUCGCUGUUCAAUCAGUAUGUCAUCGAGACUCUCUCAGGUCCGCCAUUGUUGGAGAUUGAGCGCGAGCAGGAAGAAGAAGACAGAGUGAUGAUCGAGGUUCAGAAGCUUCAGAAUGCCGGGGCGACUAUCCCGGCUGAUCUCAAAGCUAGCAUACUCCCGAAGAGCGGAAGAAUGAUCGGCGGCACUCCGAGGAAGAGCGCAAUGUCGCCGGGAGUUAAGAGUCCGAUGUUCUCUAAAUUGAUGUCGAAGAAGGAAGAGGAGAACGCCAUCACCAUUGAUCAUUUGCAUCGACUGAAUCAGAAGAAUAUAUCAGCUUGGAACAUGAAGAGACUGAUGAACAUUGUUCGGAAUGGGGUGCUCUCCACUCUUGAUGAGAAGAUACAGGGCUCGACCGAGGAAGACGAGGCUAUGGUGCAGAUCACCAGCGAGAAACAGGCGAAGGCAGCUGCCCGGAAAAUCUUCAACAAUGUCGCCAAGCCGGGGUCGAAGUACAUUUACCAAGAGGAUUUAAUGCGAUUUAUGCGCGCCGACGAGGUUUCGAAGACAAUGAGUCUCUUCGAAGAUGGAGGAAAUGAUCAAAAGGGAAUCAGCAAGCGCGCCCUUAAGAAUUGGGUGGUCAAUGUAUUUAGGGAACGGAGAGCUCUAGCGUUGUCACUAAACGACACGAAGACAGCCGUAAACAAACUGCACCAAAUGCUGAACGUGUUGGUGGGAAUCGUCAUCGUCGUAAUCUCGCUUCUCAUACUCAAAGUUGCGACCACACACUUCUUCAUCUUCCUCAGCUCCCAGAUCCUUUUGGUCGUGUUCAUGUUCGGAAACACCUGCAAGACUACAUUCGAAGCUAUCAUCUUUUUAUUCGUCAUGCAUCCGUUCGACGUUGGCGAUCGAAUUGAAGUCGAUGGAGUUCAGAUGAUCGUCGAAGAGAUGAAUAUACUCACCACAGUUCUCCUCAAGUUCGACAACCACAAAAUUUAUUACCCAAACAGCGUUCUAUCGACAAAGCCCAUCAACAACUACUACCGUAGCCCCGACAUGGGCGACACCAUCGAAUUCUGCAUACACAUUUCGACUCCCGUCGAGAAGAUCGCGCUAAUGAAGGAAAGGAUCACGAAGUAUAUCGAAAAUCGGAGCGACCACUGGUACCCGGCACCGAUGAUAGUGAUACGAGACGUGGAGGACAUGAACCGGCUGAAAUUCUCGGUGUGGCCUUCGCACCGGAUGAAUUUUCAGGACAUGGGCGAGAGGUUUGUCCGGAGAGCUCUGCUGGUCGAGGAAAUGGUGAGAAUAUUCCGGGAGCUCGAUAUCGAGUACCGCCUGCUUCCGGUCGACGUCAAUGUCCGCAACAUGCCGGCUUUAACUUCCAGCCGGAUGCCUUCCAACUGGACUACCUGUGCCUCUUGAGGUUAGCUAGUUUAGCAGAUGAUGAAUGUAAUAGAACAGAAUGUUUUGUACUGUUUAAGGUUUCUGUUAUGUCGACGGUUCGUUUUUGUACAA